CUCACCUCUCCGUAUUCUACUAUAAAACAAGAGCAUCCAUCCAUGCUCUCCAACAAGCUUGACGGACCUCGCCGAGGACGAUCCUUUGACUCCAUCAAUAAGAACUACGAAGAGAAGCUACUCAGCAAUGAGCUGAGAAAAACUACUUUCCAUAAGACUGACGAGAACAAAGACAAGAAACUUUCCUCCAAGAGGGAACAUGCCGCGAUUGUCUUCUCUCUGAAGAAUGAAGUCGGAGGACUUGUCAAGGCAUUAAAACUAUUUCAGGACAACCAGGUUAACCUUUUGCACAUCGAGUCACGUAAAUCGAGACGGCGCAACUCAGAGUUAGAAGUGCUGGUGGAUUGUGACAGUGAUCGAGAAACUCUGAAAGAAAUUGUUCAGCUUCUGCGCAAGCAAACAAGCAUAAUAGCAAUGAACUCACCUGAUAAGUUCUGGACUCCUGCAAGCGAUCUUGCUGAGGUGCCUUGGUUCCCUAAAAAAAUCUCGGAUCUGGAUAAAAGUGCCUGUCGUGUUUUGAUGUACGGCUCAGAAUUGGACGCAGAUCAUCCGGGAUUCAAAGACAAUGUUUAUCGCAAGAGAAGGAAAUAUUUUGCGGAUCUUGCCAUGAGUUACAAACAUGGAGAUCCUAUACCACACGUAGAGUUUACAGAAGAAGAGGUGAAGACAUGGGGUGUGGUGUUUCGGGAGUUGAACAAGCUGUACCCCACACAUGCCUGUAGAGAAUACCUGCAGAACCUGCCUCUGCUCAGCCAGUUCUGUGGAUACAGAGAAGACAACAUCCCACAGCUGGAGGACGUCUCUAACUUCCUGAGAGAGAGAACCGGCUUCACCAUUCGGCCUGUUGCUGGCUAUCUGUCACCCAGAGACUUUUUGGCUGGUCUGGCCUUCAGAGUGUUUCACUGUACACAAUACGUGCGUCACAGCUCAGAUCCUCUUUACACUCCUGAACCGGACACCUGUCAUGAGCUGCUAGGCCACGUUCCUCUGUUGGCCGAACCCAGUUUUGCACAGUUCUCUCAGGAAUUAGGGUUGGCUUCUCUCGGGGCGUCAGAUGAUGCUGUGCAGAAAUUAGCAACAUGCUAUUUCUUCACAGUAGAGUUUGGUCUGUGUAAGCAGGAGGGUUCACUAAGAGCAUACGGGGCUGGUCUUCUCUCUUCCAUCAGUGAACUUAAGCACUCUCUCUCAGACUCUGCUAAAAUCCUGCCCUUUGAGCCCAAGGUCACCUGCAAACAGGAGUGUCUCAUCACCACCUUUCAGGAUGUUUACUUUGUGUCUGAGAGCUUUGAGGAAGCCAAAUGUAGAAUGCGUGAAUUUGCAAAGACAAUCCAGCGUCCAUUCUCUCUACGUUACAACCCGUACACACAGAGUGUGUGUGUGCUGAAGGACAUGCCCAGCAUCAACGACGUGGUGGAGGAGCUCAGACACGAGCUGGACAUUGUGGGAGACGCUCUCUGCAGACUUAGCACACACCUCGGUGUCUGAAACCAGUGUGAUCCUAGCUUAUAUUAAAUGCUUUUAAUCCUGCUAUCUCUUAUAUCGGAGCACGUUACUCAACAUUCAACCCUGCCAUAGUAUUAUCUUAUUAUCUGCCUUGUCUGACUGCAGAGGUGAAUCACUCUUAACGUCUCUGUGAGGACCUUUCCUCUGCUGCUGAAAACCUGCCAAAUACCACAGAGCACUUAAAUAUCCAAACAGUGCUUUCAGGAGACUCUUUAAGUGCUCUUUAAAUACACCAACCCCACACUGCUAUUCAAACAGCAGCAUACUGCCAUCACAUUGUCUCAUGAUCACCAUAUUUAUACAUCGUUUCUAUAUAACCUCCUCUCCCCUCUGAUAUUCAUCCUUAGGAAAUUCGUAGGAAACAUGAAAAAGGUUCACCCUUGUCUAGAGAUUGUCUUUAAAGAAAAAGCUCUGGUUUAAAAGUACACAUUGAGGCUUUCACUCAUUUAUGUUACAUAAAAUAAGAUCAAACUCUGAAGCAAAACGUAGAUUAACUUGUACACUUGUGUAUUCUCAAUCUGUUGUUUUCUCAACUCAAAACCUACUGUAUCCUCUAGUAGAUGUGCUGUUUCUUGCCAUGAGCUGAGUAAUUUAUUUAUUGGUGUUUGUGACAUAAAAUAUGCCUCGUAAUGAAAA